CAAUAGGUGCAUCAUAGUUCCUUUGGAUAUCCUUUUAAUAGUAAAUUAAAGUUUUGUACAGAGCCAGCAGACAUUUAGAAUACCAGAAGGUGGCAAAACAUAGCAGCCAAUAAAUAGCUUGUUUGUUAGAUUUAGACAUUGUGGAAGUUUAUAUAUUCUGUUUGCCUUUUCUAAGAGUAAAAAACUGAAUUUUAUGGGAAUAGGGCCAAAGAAGAAUGAUCUUCUUGUUUCAAAGAGUGGUGAAAUGAUUAUGUUUUGAACCUAAUUUAACUGAUACUAUAUUAGGAAUGAGGAGAAAUUGGGAUUGGGGACUUUGAUGACUGCUGGGUUAUGUUAUUGACGUUGCGAAUCAUAAAUUUUAAACUAAGCCGGCAAGUAGUUUGCUAUCAUCAAAUUGCUAUUAGUGAUGGGAUUGAAAGGAACAUCUUGGAAAGUAGUAAUAUUGAUGGUGUCAAGAUCUGUUCUUUUUCAUUUUUCAUUCUGCAGUUUGUUCUCUUCCUUUUUCUUGGAUGUUGUGGCUGCUAAAAUGCAUAUUGAUGGCUGUCAGGUGUCAAAAUUGUAGCUUACUUUAUGACAUAUUCUUAUGGUAUUUAUAUUAUCUCUUUACAGACUGUACCUGCUUGUCAAAAUCUCUACAAGAAUUCAUUCACCUAUCACUGCCUGCAAGAUGACAAAAUUUUACAAUUUGAUGAUGCAGUACAAUUUUUAGAGCAAUGUGAGAGGGAUAAGGCUCAAGUCCUUGUGCACUGCAUGUCAGGAAAAAAUAGGUCACCAGCUAUUGUAAUAGCUUACUUGAUGAAGUCUAAAGGAUGGAGGCUUCCACAGAGCUAUCAGUGGGUGAAAGAACAGAGAUCAUCUGUUAAGUCAAGGAAUAUGAGCGAAAGAUCAUUGGAUCAUCUGAUAGCAGCAAUCCUGCUCUGCCUACCUUCUCACCUGCGGUCGCCCCAUCCUUCAACUUUGGCUUCUCAAAGUCAAAUGAUCCAGUUCCUCUUCCUCUUCCUCUUCCUGCUUUCAACAAUCUUGGUGCUACUUCUAUUUUUGCCUGUCCACCUUUAGAAGUUCCGCUGCAUGAGUUCACAUAUGGUGCUGGUCACACCCCGAAAAGUACCUCUGAAAGCCUAGCAAACCCUAGUCGCAGUGAUAUUCCCAUGUACGGCACUUAAAUUCCUUAAGUUUCUUUUGCAAGAUCAACCAUUUCACCAGAAAAUGAAUAAGUCUGACUUUUUAAAGGUUUUAUAUGAAAUUUGGCUGUAAAUUGCGAGUAGAUGUUAAAAGUUUUCUGGUUUGUUAGAUGUGACUGAGUUGGUAGAUCCCUUCUGGGUGCCUAUUUCAUAUACAAAGAUGAUUUUCAGUAAAAUCAAUGUGCAUUCUUUAUGUUUUUCAUUUUCAGAACAAAAAUGCUUUUCUUCUGGACCUGUAGACGGUUCUCUAUCCAAAAGUCAUUAUAUUUGCCGGUCCUUGCAGGGACAAUG